GACGUUUCCGAAUGCGUGCUACCGCCAAAGUAAACCACGGAGAUCACUACGCUAUCCCACAAUGCAACCGGAGUCUAGUAACGAACGAAGAAGAGAUGGCUGACCCGACACCAACAGAAAGACGUCGUAGAAAGAGAACACCGAUGCUAAAGAGAUGGCAUGUUUAAAAAUAAUAAUAAUUAGUAAAGCUGUUUAAAUGACUACUUGAAAUGACCAUGGAAAUGUUAUGAAUGUUCAGCAUUCAGCUUAAUAAAUAAUGUGGCGACUCCUACCCCCGGGGAGUCUGGGUAUUCAUAAUGUUUGGGGAAAAGGGGUUUUAUUGUCUUUUUAUAACUUGAUGUGUUAUUAGGUUAAGUGGGGUUAACGGGUUUGGGUUCUUUAUUGUUUGUGUGUUAAUUGUGAUGUGUGUGAUCGGGACCAUUAGUGAGAGUGUUGUGUGUGUUGGUCAGUGGUGCCGUGUUUUCUGUUGUGUGUCUGUGUUUGAAUAUAGCCAGCUCUCGUGGUCGUGCGGUGCGCUAAGGCACGAGAGUUGCGCCGCCAUUUAAACUUGGGCUGCCGUCUCGUUCUUCCCGCGCUGCUCGCCACAGUAAUUGAAGUUGGAUCAGAGAUUGGUGAAUCCAUUGUGUUCAUUUAACUUGAUUGGUAUAAGGCAAUCGGUUUCCUCAAAUGAAUUGAGUAGACGAAAUGUAAUUUUAAGUUGUUGCAACUAGAAUGUAAUAAGUUACAUGAACACAUGUUAUAUACGUUGAAUGAAUUGCUGCAUUUAAGUGUAAAAAGCUAAUUCUUUACAUUUCACCUUAGUAAAUGGAAUUAGUAAUGCUAACUCAUAAUACACAUGUCACAAUAACUCUAGCUAUAAGAGUUAUCUUUACUUACAUAAAAGAAUUGCUGGUACUUAAUUUAUUUGAGUUAGUGCCUUGAAAUAGUUCAAGGCAAUCGGUUUCCUCAAAUAGUUUAAGUUCAACUAACUUGUCAGGUUUUACAGUGUAUAGAACGCCGGUCAUUAUCGAGAAAAUAUCAUCAGUGCCUGAUGAUGAUUGUGUUUGUGUAUGUCUAUGUGUUUGCAUGUUGUAUGGAGCGCCUGGAGUGGCAAUUUCCCCCCGGGGAUCAAUAAAGUAUUUCUGAUUCUGAUUCUGAUUCUGAUAUGCAUGUGUGUGUGUUUAGGUAUGUGUGUAUACAGUGGCAAAAUAAGUCAGUGUCAGUUGUCAGUUGUCAAAUUUGCUGAAGAAAAUGUUAAACUUCAAUAAUUGUCAACUUAUAUAGUGCAUUUAUUUAAGCUCUCAACAGCAUAACCAUAUAGCUUCGCCACAUCGCCGGGAAAACACGGCACAUGCAAAGUACAUCCAUGGCCGUUCAAAACCAGUCUGCAUGAAUCGUAUGACAACUGGAUGGCAGGGGAUGCGGACAAGGAAUACACCGCAGGGGAGAACAUGAGAGCCCCAGCUCGCCGCAUAGUAGCCUGGGUGCUUUAAGCGUGGAACAAGCUGGAUACGGAGUGGGUGAAAAACUAUGUGUGUGUAAAGACAGAGAUCGCAUUUAGAUUAAAAGAAAUAGCAUCGCAUCGUUGAGGACGACCUCUAGUGGCGUAGAGGGGAAAUGCGCAAAUCAUACGUGUUCGAUUUGUAAACACACCGGGUGGCACUUGCCCUGAUUACGGCACGUGAGGUGAGUGAGCACGGGUGAGGCUAUAAAGGUCCGCGAUUUCCGGCCGGGCUUAGAAGGGUUUGUGCAUUGGAGGACACGAGAGCACGCAUUGGUUUUCAACCUAAUCCUAAUCCGAAUCCGAAUCGCAAUACGGAAUGCUUGUUGUUCAUGUUUAAAACAAUUCAUGUUCAAUAAAAGUAAGGAGAAGGAUUUGAGCUGUCCUGCGCACUCUGUCUAACAGUGCCAUUUCAAGUUGGGCAAGCACAAAUGAAAACAUCACCCAGAUAACUUGACAGUUGAAAACCAGCGGAGCAGCUUGGAGAAGAGGAUAAAAGGCCUUGGAAGUCCAGGAAAAGCUGUUUACGCAGGAGAAGAGAGCUGUGCUGGUCCGUGAGGUCAAGAUGGCGGAAGAUGUCGUGGGGAAGACGGUGAAGCAGCUCAAGAAGGAGAGAACCGCUGCGAAAAGCACCUUCACCAGACAGGCCAACUUCCUCAGCAAAGAGGCAGACAGCAUGGUGGAAGCAGAGCUGAGGGAGGAGUUCGCCGAGCUCUCAUACUGCCGGAAAAUCGUUCUUGAAGCGAAUGAUGAUUACAAGACAGGGCUUUUGGCCGAGUCUCAAGAGCCAGAAGAGGAAGACGCGGUUCUCGAAGAGAAGGAGGAGCUAGACGUUGAGAGAACCGCUAACGAGGCAGAAGCAAGGUUUGGAGAGGUGAGAAGAAUUGUCCAAACAAACCUGUGGUCCAGAUAUGGCCAAUACGCUAUCACAACUGCAAUCACUGAAGGAGAGAAGGCCUGCGGUCGGGCGGAGAAGUUACCUGUGGAGAGUACUCACCUGGAUGCAUAUGAGAUGCACCUGACUCUACUGGAGAAAAGGAUCAAUGAGGCUGCCAGAGUUAUGUCAACCUGGGAGCGGUGGAUCCCAAAGGCUGAAAGAGAGGAGCUAGAUGGCAGGGUCAAGGACCUGAAAGCUUUAAACGGCAACCUUGAACUGAGGAAGGCUGAGUUUGUCACUACACGGAGGAUGUCGGAGGAUGCGCUGGCUGCAGGAGCCUCAGGACCUGAAGCAGUGAGAGCACAUCCCCCGCCAGCAAAACCAAUUGUCAGAAUAAAACCAACCACACUGCCCAUCUUUUCAGGCUGCAAAAGAGAAUACCACAGAUGGAAGAAAGACUGGGAGAGCCUUCAAAGACAGGGAGAGCAGUCUGGCUCAGCCGAAGUCAAGAAAAUUCAACUCCUGGACAGUGUGGAUGACAAGAUUGGGAAGGAUAUCCGGCUGUCAACCUACAACACUGCAGAGGAUAUGUUCAGAGUCAUGGACAACCGGUAUGGAAAUAAAUCAACCAUUGCCAUAGAAAUCCUGGAGGAGUUGGAGCGAAUACCCCCUGCAAGGGGAAGCCAGCCAAGGAGAGUCAUCGACCUGAUCCAAGCAGUGGAAAAAUCCCUAGCAGACCUCACAGAGCUGGAAAACUCUGGCGCAAUCAAGAACCCUCUCGUCAUUAAAUCCAUUGAGAGCAAGUUACCCGACUUUGUGAAGAGAGACUGGCUAGCCUUUAUGGUGAAUUCUAGCAAUAAUGUCACCACAGACAACCACUUUGACAUGCUCCUGAAGUUCCUAAAGAAUCAAGAAGAGAUCCUAGAGAGACUUGACCAGCUAAGGUUUGUGGAGAAGAUGGAGAAACCAGAACGUGAGAAGAAAUAUGAAAGAAAGUAUGCUUCUACAAGAACCACAAAGAAAGGAGGGCUGGAAGAUGUGUGUGUUGUCUGCGGUGAUGGAAGGCACAGUGACAAGAUUUUCUUCUGUAGAAAGUUCAAAGGGCUGAAGCUACAAGAGAAGAAUGCUGUUGUAAAGAAGCUGGGAGCAUGCAGAAAAUGUCUUGGAUGUCAUGAAGAUGAUGGAUACUGCAGAGACACUUUCCUAUGCAGGAACAAAGACUGUAAGAAGGGAGAGUCCUCAGAUCACCAUUACUUUAUUUGCCCCAAUGGAGAAUACAAGAGUGGAAACGAGGAGAGAAGUGGGAAAGACGGCAGAGGAAAGAGCAAACUGACAGCCGAACAGGAAGGAUUCUUGGCUGAGCUGUCCUCAGUGCAAGAAGAAAGGUGCAGAAUGGCAUUCACAAACAAAGCUACAGAGGGUGGCAUGAAGAACCACCAGUCCCAGCUAUUGAAGAAAAGUGGCCUGUGUGAGCUUCCUGUCAUUAUGAUGCUGAUGGAGGUAACUGCUAAUGCUGGGCAGAAGAUUGGAGCUCUUGUUGAUCUUGCCUCAGACACGAACUAUAUCACCCAUAAGGCUGCACACAGGCUGAGGCUGCGGAGUGAAGAAGUAACCCUGGUUGUGCAUGGUGUAGGCGGAAUGACCAUCAAGGUGAACACGGAAACAUAUCUUCUUCGAGUCAGAGUGAAAACCCCCAAAGGAGCGGAGAAGGCUCAUGAACUGAUCUGUUACGGCCUGGAUGAGAUUGCCAAGGUGCACAAAGUUGUCAAGCCGGAAAAGUUGCAGAAGUUCUUCCCAGAAGUGAAGCUGGAGGAAUUAAGGAGGCCGGAAAAGAUUGAUCUGCUCAUCAGCCAUCGCGAGGGGAGACUUGCUCCACAAAGGGUUAAAGUUGUUGGGGACCUCGUCUUGUGGGAGAGUCCAUUGGGAAUAACAGUGGGCGGAGCACACCCUGACCUGUUCGAGGAGUUAGAGGUGACAGCACAUGAGUCCAGAACACACUUCGCUCACUCCAUGAGAACUGCUGCAGUCAAGUAUGAGGAGAUAGUUGGGAGCCCAAGUACUGAAGCAGCCCGUAUGCAGCGAAAGGACUGUGCCAAGGAAACGGUUACAGCUGCUGCAAAUCACGAGUUCCUGGAGUGGUGGAGAUGGGACAGCCUGUGAGCCAAAGU